AUGAUGUUGAUUGAUCCUGAUCUGCAUGAAAUUUAUACAAAAAGAAAGGCAACGGUUUCAAAUCUUCCAAAUGACACCAUUCCUGCCGUAGGUGUGAAAUAUCUGAAAUAUCGCGAAAUCAAAUCCCUGCUGAUCAAGUGUUUGAAAAGAGAUAAUCAGCUACAUCUGUUUCGGAAACUCGAACGCUGUAGCAAAAAGCAAAUCAACUGCGAGGGAUCAAUCAACUUUCUACGACUAUGCCAGAGCUUCGAACUCACACCUACUUUUGCCAAGAUCGACAAAGAUAGGCGUGCUAAGUGGAAGAAAUCAUCUGCUUCCUUUACAAAGAACGUGAUCGCGGAGGAGCUCAGAGUAAGAAUACAGGAGAGUAUGGUACUUCGAGAGGAAAUCAAUGGCAUCUAUGAUGAAAUCCGUCAGACCUGUUCACUAUUCCGCUAUAUGUGCAUCUUACGAACCAUCACUAUGCUUCGGAAUAAACUCCAACUUGAAGUUACGAACACUCACACUCGAAAGAUCUCAAGGCUUCUCUACAGAGAAACUGACGUCGACGAACACAUCCUGAAUAUUUCCUCUUACGAACUAUCGUUCUUCCAAAAAUUGGUUCUCUGUCGUGGCCUGAAAUUUGCGAUCCCACAAAGAGUGUCUCCAGUUGAGAUCAAGGCAAGCUUCGAGAAAGCAUGCUGGAACCUUGAACGGCAUCUACCAAACGAGAAUUUACGCGAACUAGCAGCCGCAACCUUACGAUCUGUUGCGCUAGAGUAUAUUUAUAAGAGUAGCCCAAAACCUCCUAAAGCCCUCUUGCAAGCUAUUGAAGAUCUGAAAAAACGCGAUGACAUCGUUGUCACAAAACCGGAUAAAGGGUCUGGUGUUGUUGUUAUGGAUAAAUCAGAAUAUCUUUGCCUACUAUCCGAAGCGUCAAUAAACGAUACCAGCAAAUUCCGAUUCGUCGACUCGGAGAGACCGAGAACCAGAGGACGACCUCCUAAGUAUUACCACCCUCUCCUUCAGAAAGAAAGGGAGUUGGAAACUCUCGCUCGAAAGAUUCUACCGAAAUCCAUUGCUGACGCUCUCCGCCCGAAAGGGUCCAGACUCGCACACUUGUAUGGCUUGCCGAAGACACAUAAAGAACAGUUGGCCGUGCGGCCAAUACUCUCUGCUACUAACACCUACAAUUACUCGCUAGCGAAAUGGCUUGACGACAAAUUGAAACCCCUGUCGUGCAACCAAUAUACAGUGACAGACACAUUCCGCUUUGCUGAUGAAGUACGAGGCUUCGAGAUCAAGAACGGCGAAAUUUUAGUUUCCUAUGACGUCACCUCAUUGUUUACAAAUGUACCAUUGGAGGAAACAAUACAGAUCUUAGCUGAAAAAGCCUUUGCCCAGGAUUGCUACGAAAAACCAGCUUUUCCAGUUUGA